AUGCACUCGCAAUCAUCUGUAUUAUACAAUAUUUUUAUACAAGAAGCAAGAAUAUUGCAAGCGAAACUUCUAUAUUUCGACAGUUUCAGUGCCGUUAUCUUCUUAUCUAUCUUCUUGCCACAAGCUUCAGGUGACUGGCUUCAAGGACCUUAUGUUUAUGCGCUUUACGAUUCUUAUGGGAUGACAAAGCAUGCAAUUGAAUUACUAUUUAUGGCUGGCUUUAGUUCUAGUCUUAUUUUUGGUACAUUUAUCGCUUCCACCGCUGACAAAUACGGACGUCGAUUAAGUUGCUUACUGUACGCCAUACUGUAUGCCGCAGCAUGUGUUACAAAACAUUUUGCGAAUUUCUGGAUUUUAAUCAUUGGUAGAAUAUUUGGUGGUGUAGCAACAUCUAUCUUGUACAGUGCAUUCGAAUCAUGGUUGGUUUGCGAGCACAAUAAGCGUGGUUUCGAUCCAGAUCUGUUGAAGACAAUUUUUUCAAAUGCAGCUUUGGGUAAUUCAAUUGUGGCAAUUAUUUCUGGAGUGGUGGCACAGUACUCUGCUGAUGCUUUCGGAUAUGUAAUUCCAUUCGAUAUAUCAAUUGCGGUGCUGGUAACAAUGACGAUUUGUGCUAUUGUUUGUUGGACAGAAAAUUAUGGCUGUGAAAAAGCAGCCCUCAAUCUGCAGUUUAUGGAUGCGUACAACUGGCGGGUAAUAUGUUUGGCAUUGAUUGAAAGUUUAUUCGAAGGAACGCUGUAUUUAUUCGUCCUUCAAUGGACACCGGCAUUAUCAGAUGCAAGCAAUGAUGUGAUACAACACGGAUAUAUCUUUGCAUCGUUUAUGGUAGCCAUAAUGAUCGGCUCAAUGAUAUUCAAAUUAUUUAGCAAAUACCAACGACCAGAAUCAUUUAUGAGACUUGUAUUGGCAACAUCAGUUUUAUGCUUAGCUACACCAAUUAUAUGGCCAAAUCAUGCGAUGGCCAUAUUCGCAGCGUUUGUACUUUUUGAGAUUUGUGUUGGAAUCUUUUGGCCCUCAAUGGGUUUCAUGCGUGGAAUUUAUAUUCCCGAAGCUACUCGAGCAACAAUUAUGAAUUUCUGUCGUAUUCCAUUAAAUGUUGUCGUUAUUAUUAUUUUGUUACAGAAUCUACCACGCCAAGCAAUUUUCCAAUGUUGUGUGAUAUUUUUGACAUUUGCUACAGCUGUUCAACAAUACCUGUACAGAAUUAGAACAGAUGAUGAAAACGAGGAAGCAGAAUUAUCGCUAACGAAUAUGGCACAAAAAACGGGGAGAGUCACGCUAACGGAGUGUGCUAAUCCACCAAAUGGUUUAUCGCCUGCCUCUGUAACCAACCAAUGA